ACAUUCAUCUUAUUAUUUCCAGGCCAGGUUAUUUAGCAAACACUGUUUGAAUAUAAACUCAAAAUAUUUUAAGAUUGCCCUAUCCGACCGACCAUGUCAUGGAGCUACAUUAUUGCACAAAUAUAAAUGAAUAAAUCAAUAUGAAAAAAAAAACACUUCUAUCAAUGGCACAACGUUCUACCAGGAACAGCAAUGGAUCAGUUUUGAGUUGAGAAUUAAACACCCUUUUAUUAAAGAGACCUGCAAGUGUCACAAGUGACUGAACAUUAACUCCAGUUUCCUGUCAGUGACGCAGAAUGUAUACCAUUGUCAGAAGCAAGAUCAUGACUGGAGAGAAGGGAAAUCUCCCCUGAUGCACAAUAUAAUAUUAUUAGUAAAUCAGAUAUUUAAAAAAAACUCACUAAAGAGAUGACAUUACAUUCGAGAAGAUGAUCAUUAAAUCAUUAUUUGUAAUGUCAAACAUGAGUAACCCUAACAGAAGCAAAUGCACCAUUGCCCCUGUUCAUUUAAUUCAGAUAAAACUUUUUGUUUACCUUGUGAUCUCGUUAACCUUUGGCCUUUCUUUCAAAUAACAGUCCAUUGUUUGAACACCAUAGAGGCAAAUGCGUGACUCGACCUUUCAGAUGAGAACAUACCAUCAGGUGGCGCAAAGGGAUGUGUUACGAAUGUCUAAUAUUAAAACCAUUAACGUAUUUACAUGGCAACGGGGAAGAAACGGUAUCAUUUUUUUAAUGAGCCAGAAAGAACGAUCACCCGAUAGUAUUUAUCAGGCAAUUUAAGCAAAACACGGGGAUCAUGUGGCGAUGCCAGGAUCCGUGGCGCAACCUGGGGAGAAAUUGGACUGAUUAAUGAGGCUGGCGGACGGUGAUUCCGCUGAGUGCAUUGUUGUCACUGAUCCCGUCUUUCUCAACGACUGCGCGACUGACUGUAGACUGUAUCCGUCACAUCCCUCCCGAAGAUGGAGUCUGGAGAACGGAAGAGAAGAAGGAAGUCACAGAGCUUUAAGCUGGUCACGGAUGAAGCUUUUGCCCCUUCAUAUGUGAUGAAUCCCAACUCCAACAACGUGAAUGGAGAGCCAAAGGAUGCUGCUGUUCCUGAUGUAUGGCUAGGGGACGAGGGCGUGGAGAUCAAGAGGCAAAUCACAGGAAUGAUGAGGCUUCUGAGUGAUAAGACCGGCAGGGUAUAUCAUCGUGUGGUAAGAGAGCAGGACAGCUUAACAAAGGACCCUCAGGAAAGGCAUCAGACCUGGGUACAUCAGCCUGCAAUUUCAUCUCUUGUGUCAGAAGACCACCAAAGCAACCGCUGGAACUCUGCAGGGGACCCGGGGCCUUCACCUUCUCCCAUAUCCACCCCGAUCCCCAACGGUCCAUGUUUUGGCCAGUACAGCACCCGCUCCAAAGCCCUGAAGGUCCUCAACAAUACCAAGGAUCCGAACAAAGUGAAUGAAGCUAAUGGUCUAGUCCCUUGUGACACAACAGAAGCCCCCUGCUGCAUGUGUAAUUGUAAAGGAACCUUACAGGCUAUUUUGCAGGAACUGCGUGCCAUGAGGAAGCUGAUGCACACUCAGAAAGCAUCCUUGGAAAGACAUGGAGGGGCGGCAUCGUCAGGCCAGCCUCGUCUUGGUCCAGGCCCCUCGCCUCGCUGUAGGCCCCGCAAGAGGAGGCCAAUCUAUAAAGUGGCUCCACUGAAUGUUACCAGACCUAGAAGAGCCGCUCACGGUCCUCUGCAAGCAUCCCCCCUUGCAGCUGCACAUGCAGAAUCUGGAAAGGGGGAGGGAUAUGAGAAAGAGCAAGGCUCAUCUAGUCUUUCUGUCUCGCCUGAGGUUUCUGUUCUGCCACCUCAGGAAGAUCCAGUAGCUAUCAACAACAUUCACAAUUCUCUCCCGAAGCCACUAAAGGAACAGUCGUUAGAGCCCGAGGUGCGUCUUGCAGAGGAUCAUGACGUGUAUAUCUCAAAGGCUCAGCUAGAUUCCAUUCUGGUCAACUAUACACGCUCUGGCAGCCUGCUGUUCAGGAAACUGGUGUGUGCCUUUUUUGACGAUACCACGCUGGCUAACUCCUUGCCAAACGGUAAAAGGAAGAGAGGGCUCAAUGAUAACCGUAAGGGCUUGGAUCAGAACAUUGUGGGGGCCAUCAAAGUGUUUACAGAGAAAUACUGUACUGAACAUCGAAUAGAGAAGUUGCCCGGGCCACGAGACUGGGUCCAGAUCCUUCAAGAUCAGAUCAAACUUGCCAGGAGGAGGCUGAAAAGAGAUGCUGCAGAAGCAGAAGAACUCUUAAAUGGACCCUCCACAAGCUGUGACUAUAAGAAGGCUGCAAGCGGGAAUGGGACGGUCGUCAUCAUGACUGGUUGAUUCAAUGGCUGCCCCACUGGCCUUACAUCAUUUGUAAUUGGUCUUCAUUCUCGUGCAUUUUGCCACUUUAGAUUUGUCUUUUGCUGCGCUCUUCUAUGGAUGUAAACGGAAAAAAUAAUAGCACCUUAUGACAAAGAAGCCUGCUUAAUGAUUCUCUCUCUUUCGCAUACAACUUCUGCAGCUUUUGUGGUCCUUCUUUAAGACAGAUACUGAGAUCUGGGUUCUAGUACCAAAAGACACUUAUACACGUAUACAGGGGCUAAAAUAUAUUGUGGCUUAUUGUUUACAUUGUAGGCUUCAGCUUUAACUUGCCUUGUUCUCAUAUGUCAGUACCACGAGUUGCAAGUCUUAAACAAGAAAACGUAGGCUACUGUUUUAGUAUAUUGUUCAUAUAUUUGGCACAAAUUACUUUUAAUUUACUUUGUAAGUGAUGAAUUUUCUCAAUGGGUGUAAUGUGUAGUGCAGGAUCAACCUUAUAUACAAACAUACAAAGGGAGAUUUCUGAGGUAUUUUAGAAUAGGCUAAGCUAUAACUGUUAGAGAAUAUAACGUAUUCUAUGAAUAUGUUUUCUUCUUCAUUAUUGGAAUCUCUAGGCUAUGCAUAUCUAUUGUUCUAUUGUCACUAAUACUGUGGUGAAUUACAUUUUUCAGAAUAUUGUUUUUUUUGUGCACAUAACAUGAAUAGUUUUCACCAAUAAAUAUGGUUUCCUGGCCA